AUGUCGAACCUCAUCAACAAGGUUAAGGACACCCUCGGCCACGGCCACGGUGAUCACGAUUCUUCAAGCUCCCACACCCACCAGCCUGUGACCGGCAGCAGCAACUACGAUUCGACCAAGUCCUCCAACUACGGUCCUCACGACAGCAACAUCGCCAACGUGGCUGAUCCUCGAAUUGACAGCGACCGUAGCGGCCAUGCUGCCCACAACACUACCUCCACUGGCCACACAUCGACUGCGCCUCUAGCUACUGGUGCUACUGGUGCUACUGGCAACACCUACGGCAGCAACACAUACGAGUCUGCCAGGUCUUCCAACCACGGUCCCCACGGCAGCAACGUCGCCAAUGCCAUGGACCCUCGCAUCGACAGCGAUCGUGAUGGCCGCGCUGCUUAUGGCACCCACUCCACUUCCACUGGUGCCACCUCGACUGGUCUCGGCGCUGGUGCUGGUGCUGGUGCAGGUGCUGCUGGCGGCGCCUAUGGAAGCAACGCCUACGAGUCUGCCCGAUCCUCCAACCACGGUCCCCACGACAGCAACGUCGCCAACGUUAUGGACCCUCGCAUUGAUAGUGACCGUGAUGGUCGUGCUGCUCACUCCACCUCUGCCGGCUCCUACGCCCCCCACACCAGCACCAUUGGUCACCAAGGCGGCGUGGGAGGUGUCUCGCAGCACGCCUCCACACACUCGCCCGCCACCGGCCCUGCCACCUCGACCGCCGGGCCCCACGAAAACAACCUGGCCAACAAGGCCGAUCCCCGUAUCGACAGUGACCUCAGCAAGGAGAAGGCCGGUCGCUUCGAUCAUGACGUCCACAAGGCCAGCCUUGGCGGCGCUGGCGUGAUCCCCAUCUCCGGCAACGCAGGCCCUACCUCCACGAAGACCUUUGGUCAGGCCCAGGAGACUGGUGCCGCCGGUGCCGGUAGCAGCUACAACACCUCCAGCAGCGGCUAUAAUCAGACUACCGCUGGCCCGCACAAGAGUGAUAUGGCCAACAAGUUGGACCCCCGCGUGGACUCUGACUUGGAUGGCUCGAAGACCAUUGGAUCUCAGCGUUUCUAA